GCGCUUCUGCGGUGGCUUCCAGCCCGCGGUCCGGGCGAGGACGGACGGGUCUUCGGGCCGCAGGUGUAGUUACGGCGGCUCGCGCUCCGGCGGCCGGGUGGGAGGAGGAAGCGCGGCCCCGCGGCGACGGGCAGCCGAGCUGGAAGCGGCGCGGGUGGAGUGAGGGCUGCCGCCCUCGGCGCCCCGGCAUGGAUCGGCUCGGGAAACCCAGGCGCCGGGUGGUGCUGCAGCCCGUCGGCAGCGGCCGCAGUACCAGAAAUUGCUCCUGCAAAAUGAGCCAGAUUGCUCCGAAGAGUCCUUUGGCAUCCCCGUUGUCAGCGCACAUCAACUCCAGGCUGGAUUCUUUGGACCACUUGUCAAUGGACAGUUUUUGGCUGGAAGUAGAGAACAUUAAACAGAGCAGUGAAAGCGAGCAAGAAGAAUGCAGCCUUGCAGAUGUCAAAACACAAGAGGAGGGAGACGCUGAGGCCGAGUGGCUGCAGGAUGCCGGCCUUUCCGACCUCCUUGGGGACCGGACCUCAGAAAACGACAACAUCGUGCUGCUCUCCACCCUGACAAAGACCCAGGCGGCGGCUGUGCAGCGAAGGCUGGACACCUACUCCCGGUCUCGGAGGAGGAAGAACAAGCAUCCUGUUCGGGAUGUCCGAGACAUUUUUGGAGUAGUCAGUGCUGGGGAAACAGUGGCAAAGAAAGAGGACUCCAGACCAGAUCAGUUAUGGCACAAUCUACAGACUGCAAAUGUGCAGAAACCAGAAACCCAGGAUUACUCCUGUAUGGUUCGAAACCCUGGGAAAGAGGAAGCAUUCAACAUGGACGUUGCCUACUCGGAGCAGGCAGCUAUUCUGCUCAAAGGAUCGUUCCUGUCUGAAUCUAGGAGGAUAAAGGAUGGAAAUGCCCUAACUAAAUUUAAGAUUUCCAAGGGCAGACUAGGAGUGACCAGGAUUGGAGAUCUAUCUGCUCAGGACAUGAAGAAGAUUCCCACAUUGGCCCUUAUUGAACUAACGGCUCUCUGUGAUGUUCUAGGAUUUGAGCUGAAGAGAAACAAGGCAGUAAAACUGAAAACAACAGAGAAAAGACUCUUUGGAGUUCCACUCAACACUCUGUUGGAAAAUGACCAAAAACUGCUCCCCAGCACCAAGGUCCCUCUGUUACUCCAGGCAUUGCUGUCAUGUCUGGAAAAGAGAGGACUUGAAACUGAGGGCAUUUUGAGAGUUUCUGGGUCCCAGACCAGAAUCAAGAGUCUAGAGCGGAAACUGGAAAGUGACUUCUAUACUGGUCUUUUUCGCUGGGAUGAAGUUCAUCAGAAUGAUGUAUCUGGGCUACUGAAAAGAUUCAUAAGAGAGCUGCCUGCUCCGUUGCUGACAGCAGAGUAUCUUCCUGCUUUUGCUGCUGUACAAAAUAUUCCAGACCUGAAGCAAAGAUUGCAAGCCCUAAACCUCCUUAUUCUGAUUCUGCCAGAGCCCAACAGAAACACUUUAAAGGCUCUACUUGAAUUUCUCAGCAAAGUGGUUGCCAGGGAGAACAACAACAAGAUGAACCUCUGGAACGUUUCCACAGUCAUGGCCCCGAACCUGUUCAUGCACAAGGGGCUGCCGAACAAGAUCCCGGAGGGGAAGGAGAAACAGCUGGCGGAGGGGGCAGCUGAUGUCGUGCGGAUGAUGAUCCAUUACCAGGAUCUGCUCUGGACGGUCUCCUCCUUUUUGGUAGCUCAAGUCAGAAAACUGAAUGAGAGCAAUAGCAAAAGGUACCAGUUCUGUGACAAGCGAAUAAAAAAUUUGUUGCGGAAGAUUCAUGCUGAUAAAGACAAGGUGGAAAAGAACCAGGCAGAGCCUUCCAAGAUCGUGAAAGUCCACGCUUCUCUCCUCCUGAAGGACUCGCUCGAGGUGCAUUUGAACAACGCAACCAGAGUUGCUGAUGUCCUGAGGCAGUUUCAGAAGAACCUCUGCCAGAACGGUUGGAACAUUGUCAAUACCGUCAGCCUCCUCAAGUGCAACAACUCUGUGGAGUCUACAAACCUGUUCCUGUAUGAAGUGGGAGGCAACAUUGGUGAGCACUGCCUGGACCCAGACACUUACCUCUUAGACCUGUACCAUGUCAAUCCCCAUGCUGAAUGGAUAAUUAAGCAAAACCCAUCUUAUCCUCGGAUGUUUUAAGGGAAGCAUGAGCGAAACAAAGCGUUUGGAUUUGGAAGGCAAAAGAGACGCUACAGAGACUUGCCUGCGUGUUAAGAGCAGAGUUGGUAACCAGCAAAAAUUAUCAUUACGUGGCAGAAUUUGCGAAGGGUGUGAUUAUUUAAAAAGAAAAAAAAAAACUAAAAAACUGCAAACAAAGCUGCAGGAAUUGGGCAAUAAGGAUGGAAGGUGAGAGGAGAAACUUGAAAAUCGUAGAACACAUCUGUUCCUUCUGGAUUUGCCCUUUCAUCCGUGUUUUGGAGGAGAGACAGUCGAACGCCGAAGCGGUACUGAAGGCGUCCUCGGUAAGAUCCUCUGCUGACUGCUGUGCAUCACCAGAGUAAGCUGUGAGUUUUGCUCUUCAGAUACUGCAGUUUCCUCUGAAGAAUGAAGGAGGAUGCGUGUAAGAGGCCGGAUGUGGUGCGAAGCUGGCAUCCUGUAAUUAAUGGGGGCAGUCAAAUACGCCCGCGCAACACACACAGUGUCCAGCAAAAACAGUUUUGCUGUCCGUGAUGGAGGGAAGCCGCCUCCGCCUUCUUUCAAACGCGGCGUUUGAAAAGCGGGGCCUGUCCCGUGCAGUGCCGCUGGCGACGCGCGGCCGCCCGGCUUACCGUCGAUGAGGGCGAGGCAAGCGUGCUUUUUGCUGGCGAUUAUUUUUACAAAACCAAUGUAAGAAGGGAUAACUGAGGAAAGACUCUAAUCGGAGGUUGCUAGUCAGACCUGGCCACACGAACGAAACUCCUUUCCGGAGGGCUCUGUGUGAAAGCGUCCGAUUAAAAACAUCGACCAGAACAAACACCGAGCCGCGUCCGGCCGAAACGAGGAGGUCGGCGCGCGGGAGCGUGUGCGGCGGCUCGCGGCGGCGGGUGCCGAGCCGCGCGCUCGCGCGAGGGUCCCGCGGCGCGGCCCAAGGGGCAGCGCGGGAGCCCCGCUCCCCUCCGUGGCCGCGCCGUGACGGCUCGCGCGAGGGUCCCGCGGCGCGGCCCAAGGGGCGGCACGGGAGCCCCGCUCCCCUCCGUGGCCGCGCCGUGACGGCUCGCGCGAGGGUCCCGCGGCGCGGCCCAAGGGACGGCACGGGAGCCCCGCUCCCCUCCGUGGCCGCGCCGUGACGGCUCGCGCGAGGGUCCCGCGGCGCGGCCCAAGGGGCGGCACGGGAGCCCCGCUCCCCUCC